GUUAGGACUUUAAAACGUAAUUACGACCGUAUUGUAGACUACUAUUUAUGAUUUAACUUUUCCUCUUGGAUGUAGUCUCUUGGAUACGCCUCUAAGCGUCAAUCAAUUCGUCUGAUCGUGUUUCUAUGCUGUCGCUACGGCCGGCACGAUUUUAUUAAUACCCGUGGGCCAUGUUAGAGAGCGAGAAGAUUCCCCGCGCUAUGAGACGGCGCUGCUCGAGCGCCAAAAAUAAUCAGCGGAACACCCGCUUACGUAGGUAAACCUCACUACCGCCGGUUGAUCCCGGUGGCAGACGCGAAUGAAACACUGGUACAAUCAUCCACCGCAAACUUUCGGAAGAUCUCAACCUUCGUUUCAUUUUUUUUUAAUCUCUGUUUCGUGCGAUCGAAAUUGAUCGAAGUGGACAGUGUCGUGUUCUUGCAUCGGGAACGGAUCAUCCGUUCGAGAAGAAGGAAGAAAACAUAACAAAAGGAAGCAGAAAAGAGAAAAAGAGACGUGUCGAACUUCGUUCAUGCCGACGACAGGUCGAUGUCUCGUCUUAUACCUCAUGCUGAUGCCCGGCGUGUGUCUGGCCAAAGAUGCGCACAUCGUCGGCAGGUGGGCGGACAAAUUAGGCACCGAAUUAUGGGAGCUCGCGAACGAAGUGGGUCGCCCAGAGGAAUUACUGGAAAGAUACAAAAGUAUGAACACGCGGGUGGAGGAUAAAUCCGGCGAAGAGCUGGUCAGUAUAAUCAGCGAGAACGUGGGUAGGAUGCUGCGUCGUAAGAUGGACGCGGUUACCUGCAUUCGAAUGAAAGCUGAAGAGAUCGCGGAGGAAUGGGAUCUGUCGUCUAUGGAUGGCAACUUCACUUACGUUUCCAGCAAGUACAAUAUGAUGAAAAACCACCAAUAUGAUGAAAACACCAAUGCGUACAGGGAAAUGGAACUGACUGCGGACUCGCAUUUCUACAAUAUCCCAGUGAACACUAGUUACUCGUCGGUCCAUAUACCCACUAACGUGUUUGACCAUGCGCCAAAAGUGAGGGAGGACAUAAUGAGAAGCGAGUCGUUGGACGACAUAUUCCGUCAGAAUUAUGAAUCCGACCCGGCAUUAUCUUGGCAGUACUUUGGCUCGGUCACUGGUAUGUUGAGACAAUAUCCCGCCAUGGAGUGGCGCACGAGUACGAUCGACAACGAUGAGGAUGCGCCUGCCGACUUGUACGACUGUCGGCUUCGCAGCUGGUUCAUCGAGGCGGCUACAUGCAGCAAGGAUAUGGUGAUCCUUAUGGAUACUAGCGGCAGCAUGACGGGCAUGGGAAAGACGAUCGCGAAGACGACGGUCAGUUCGAUCCUGGACACCUUGUCGAACAACGACUUUGUGACGUUACUAAAGUACAGCAACGACACGAGUGACAUGGUACCGUGUUUCAAGGACAUGCUAAUUCAGGCCACCCCGGAGAAUCUGGACACGUUCAAAAAGUCCAUGGACAACGUAAAGACGGAAGGCGUCGCCAAUCUCACAGCGGCUUUUACCGCGGCGUUCAGUCUACUUAAGAUCUACAGAGAGACACGUGGAUGCGAUGCCGACACACCAUGUAAUCAGCUCAUCAUGCUCGUUACAGACGGCGUUCCCGGGAACCUAACGGAGGUGUUCCAAAAGUGGAAUUGGAAAGAGAACAGCACUCACAUACCGGUACGCGUGUUCACGUAUCUUCUGGGCCGCGAGGUGACAAAAGUGCGGGAGAUCCAGUGGAUGGCGUGUCUGAAUCGCGGGUACUACAGGCACGUGCAGACGCAGGAGGAAGUGCGCGAGCAAGUACUCAAAUAUAUCCCGGUUGUGGCGCGUCCGUUAGUACUUCAGGGCGUGGUGCACCCGAUCGUGUGGACACAUGUAUACGCUGACGUCACGAAUCCGGCGCUUGCCGCUUGGCUGUGGAUGGUGAUGAAGCAAGAGGAGCAAAAUUCGCGGCUGCAAAAGCAUCUGAAGGGAAAACGACUGGGCGUGCGAGUUAACGAGGACGCGAUCUACAUACAGCAGUUGCACAAGGACGAGGACAUUAAGGAGGAUCCGUCCACUCUGAAUACCACCGCCUGGCAAGAGUACAGACUGCUGACCUCCGUUGGUACGCCUGUGUUUGACCGCAAGGGCAAUCGCAACAAUGAGAGGCGCGUGGCGAAUCUGCUCGGCGUGGCUGGCACGGACGUGCCGAUCGACGACAUCCGCAAGCUCACCCUGCCGUAUAAGCUCGGCGUGAACGGUUACGCCUUCAUCGUGUCCAACAACGGCUAUGUGAUACUGCAUCCAGAUCUCAGGCCUGUCUACAAAGGCCGGCUCAAAUUGAACUACAAUAGCGUUGAUCUCACCGAAGUGGAGAUACUCGAUGAUGGCCGCGGGCCUAGGAAUCCAGGUCCGGAGAUAUUGGAGCUACGAUCGGCGCUGGUCGAUCACAAGCGAGGUAGCAUGAGAGCAGUCCCCGUGAAAUUACAUUACGACGACAAUCGUCGCGUGACUCUCGAGAGGCGCGACUAUUUCUAUGCGCCUUUGCCCGGAACACCGUUUGGUCUCGCAGUCGCCAUACCCCAUUACGGAACAACUUGGAUCAAGGUUGGAGACGAGAUCCGCCGGAAUCAACACAUGAAUGUGAAUGUGUCCGACUUCUUCGAGGGCGAUCAUUGGCGCGUACAUCCUAGCUGGGUAUACUGUCGCUACCACUAUCUCGAGGGUCACCGGUUCGACAGUCCGGAGGACGAGUUGCGCCACUUUUUGGCGUUGCUGAGUCGACCAGGAUGGCGAUGGGCCGAACAAUACGAAGCUUAUCCGUCAGUGGACGAGAACGUGGGUGAGGAGGACCUGGACGACGCCGAUUGUGGCAGACAGACGCUCUCGCACGAGGAUUACUAUUGCAACAAAGAGCUCAUGCAGCUGCUGGUGUUCGACGCCAAGGCGACCAACAACAGCUUUCGCGGGGACUAUGUGGAGGGUCUUCCGACUAAGGCGCGGGACUUGGCGCGGCUCUACGGUAUUUUCCUGCGCUUCAUUGCCACGCAAAGCGGCCUUACCAGAUGGCAUCAUCUUCACACCAAUGAGCUUCCCGACGCGGAUGAUGGCAUCGUCUUCGGCGACCUGCAUAGGCGAGCUGUUAACGAGCCCUGGUACAAGGGCGCGAUCUUCCAGAACGAGCUGGACUCGGACAGCAUCUACUUAUCCGUUCCGUGGGAAGCGGGCGCGGACGCGAUAGUGACGGCUUCCAUGAGCUUGUCACCCAAAGAUGGUGGUAAAAAAGCACCGGCCGCCGUCGUGGGCUUCCAGAUGCCGAUGACGGGUCUGUACAGGAGAUUCAUCGCUCUUACUUCGGUGACGACAAAUCCGCUGAUGAAUUGUUCCCAUAAUUGGAUCGAUUGCUACUUAUUGGAUCAGAACGGUUAUGUGGUGAUAUCGGAGGCGCACAAUGACACCGGCCAAUUCAUGGGAACCCAGGAAGGUGCCGUCAUGAAAUCCAUGGUCGGUCAAGGUCUUUAUAACUCUGUUGAGAUCUACGACUAUCAAGCUUGGUGCCAGGAGAUCCGAGUUGGCAAUUCCGCCAGCAGUUUGAUGGUGCCGCUGCGUUACAUCUGGGAGCUGUUAAUCUGGCUUAUGUUGCGCCUGGCAUGGUUUUCCACUCAGUUCGUGAACCUUCCUGGCAUCCAUGGCAAGGUCCAUAGCGACGAAGAUGCACCUGAUCCACCGCCACCGCCGAAACUUUACCUCCAUCAUUUUCCGUGCGAUCAGAAGAGGACUCUCUACAUGUUGAACGAGACCGUCGCUGCUCGAGGCGUCACCAAUCACUCCGACUACUGCUCAAGACCAUACUACGCUCAAAGAGUAGCGCAUACGAAUUUGCUGCUAGUCGUCGUGGACAGCAUGUACUCAACGUGCUACAGGAGACUGGAAGUAACGCCUGUCAACAUUGAGCCUGCCGAGUACACAAAUGACACGAUUGAGAAACCCUGCCACAAAAUUCCGCUGAACACCCUGAAGAGGCGCCGACUGGAAAACUGCUUCACGGAACACUCUCUAGAAUAUGAGAUUGACGACUGCGGAAGUGCGUCUGGAUUGACAGUGUCCUUGAUGUUGCUUUGCCUUGUUUUCGUUAGGAUCUUAUACGCCUUUCUAUGACGAUCGUUUGGUAUCAAUAGGUGUAUGAUUAUAUAUGUUUUGCAAUAAAACAAACCUACAGCGAUGUACUCUUUUUACGACUGCGUAAUCUGAUUAAUGAAUAAUGAACAAGUACAUGAUUCUCUUGAUGUUAUACUUGAGCGAACACAAAGAUUUCCAUCAAAAUUGGUGCUUUUCUUCAAUCGUGACUUAACGUCUUGAUAAUUAAAUUACCUUCUCCAAUGAAAAAGAAAAUGAAAAUGAGUUAACUUGAUCCGUUCUAUAAGUAAUUCAAACAAGUAGAGACAAAUAGAUGGUUGUUCGAUAUAUUAACGAGUAAAUGACCUUCUAAAACGAA